AUGAAAAACAUGUCCUCCGCACCUCCAAAAACCGUCCACCGCUCCUCCGUCCCGUUAACUCCGUCCGUCAAGCUAAAGUACGUAAAACUCGGCUACCACUACUUAGCCACCAACUCCGUCUACCUCCUCCUCAUCCCACUAAUCGCCGUCACUCUCACCAACCUCCCUUCUAUCCCUUCCCUCCUCGAAAUCUGCAACCAAAACCCGACACUAAUCCUCGCCGUCGCUUCCAUCUCCUUAUCCCUCAUCUUAGCCGUCCACGUGGCGCGCUCCCGUCGAAGCGUCUACUUACUGGACUUCGCGUGCUACAAGCCCAGCCCGGCCCACUUCUGCUCCAGGGAGCUCUUCAUGGAGGUGUCAUCCGCUCCGGGCGAGUUCACGGAAGACAGCCUGGACUUCCAGCGCAGGAUCAUGGAGAAGUCCGGGUACGGGCAGAUGACGUACGCGCCCACGGGGUUGCUGACGAAGUCGCCGCCCGACCAGUCGAUCGCGGCGGCGAGGGAGGAGACGGAGGCGGCCAUCUUUGGGGCGAUCGAUAACUUGCUGGAGAAGGUAGGGGUGGAGGUGAGGGAGAUCGGGGUGCUGGUGGUGAACAGCAGCAUGUUCAAUCCGACGCCGUCUCUUUCGGCCGCGAUCGUGAACCGCUACAAGAUGAGGGGGAAUGUGUUGAGCUAUAAUCUCGGCGGGAUGGGGUGUAGCGCCGGGUUGAUUUCCGUUGACCUGGCCAAGGAUCUCCUCCAGGUGCAUCCCCACACGUACGCCCUGGUGGUGAGCACAGAGAACAUAACCCGCAACUGGUACUUCGGCAACCACCGGCCGAUGCUCCUGACCAACUGCCUCUUCCGCAUCGGAGCCGCCGCCAUCCUCCUCACCAACCGCCCUUCCGACCGCCGCCGGUCCAAGUACCAGCUCCGCCACACCGUGCGCACCCACAGGGGCGCCAGCGACAAAUCCUACCGGUGCGUCUUCCAGCAAGAGGACGACCGGAACAUCAUCGGCAUCUCUCUGUCGAAGGAGCUGAUGGCCAUCGCCGGGGAAGCCCUGAAGACGAAUAUAACGACGUUGGGGCCUCUCGUCCUCCCCGUCGCCGAGCAGGCUUUGUUUUUGGCGACUUUGGUGGCUAAGAAGCUGCUCCGGUGGAAAGUGAAGGCGUACGUUCCGGAUUUCAAGCUGGCUUUCGAGCACUUCUGCAUCCACGCUGGUGGACGAGGUGUCCUGGACGAGAUGGAGAAGAGCUUGGAACUGACCGAUCGGCACAUGGAACCUUCUAGAAUGACGCUCUACAGGUUCGGGAACACAUCCAGCAGCUCCGUGUGGUACGAGCUGGCGUACAUCGAGGCCAAAGGGCGGGUCAGGAAGAGGGAUCGGGUCUGGCAGAUCGGGUUCGGGUCGGGCUUCAAGUGCAACAGCGUCGUCUGGCGUGCUUUGAGGAACGUGGAUCCAAACUGUGAGCGGGAGAAGAAGAAUCCGUGGCGGGAUGAGAUCGACGGGUUUCCUGUUCAUGUUCCGAAGGUGGCGCCCAUCCUCAGUUGAUGAAACAAGUAAUAAGGACGGACGACGGAGGGGAAUUGCUGAUUGCGUGCUAAUAAUAAGUAAAUAAGACGGGGAAUUAAUUAGCUGUUCGGAUAAUCGAUCCGGCUAAGGAGAGAAAAGUAUACUUGUUAAUUCUAUAUACACCAAUAAUAUAUAUAGUGACUACAUGUUUCGGUUUUUCGUUGUUGUUUUCGUUGCAAGGAAAAACCGUAGCAUUGAAUUGACCGACUAUGUAUGCUAUAACUAUGUUUUGAGACUCAAUCACUUUAACACUUCGAUCAUUUAUAUCAAUCAAAUAUUAUAAGUAUCUUUUGG